CUUUCUGCCCGUGCGUGAUUUCCCCUCAUCAUCUCUUUCAAAAGUGUACCCUGGGAGACUUCACAAGGUGACAAGAAACAACCGUUUUGGUCUCUGCGACACCCAUCCCUUGUAUCUCGAGACAUCGUAUCGGAUAUCAGGUACCUAGGUAUUCAGACAGAGAGCGGCCACAAUGUCGCCGUUACAUCCCUCCAGGGACGCCUUCCAGGGCAGCGUAUACAGUCCCCUCUCAACCGCCUCGCGCACGCCCUAUCAGGCCCGUCCCGAAUUAUACAGCGCCUACUCCAUCGUCGACAAUGCCAAGGACAAGGCAAAGCAAUUGAGCGCCGAGGCCACCGCCGAAUUCGAAAAGGCGAGCUCAAAGGCGAAGCCGAACGGGGGAAAGAUUGAGCUGUACUCGGGCAAGUACUAUGCCGCCUGCACCUUUGGUGGACUGCUCGCCUGUGGCCUCACUCAUGCUGCCGUCACUCCCCUUGAUCUCGUCAAGACCCGUCGCCAGGUCGACUCCAAGCUCUACACGAGCAACUUCCAGGCCUGGGGCAAGAUCUACCGCGCCGAAGGUAUCCGCGGCAUCUUCACCGGCUGGAGUCCCACCCUCUUUGGAUACUCGGCCCAGGGAGCUUUCAAAUACGGCUGGUAUGAAUACUUCAAGAAGACAUACUCGGACAUGGCCGGCCCCGAGGCCGCUCACAAGUACAAGACGGGUCUGUACCUUGCCGCCUCCGCCUCCGCCGAGUUCCUUGCCGACAUCGCCCUCUGCCCCUUUGAGGCUGUCAAGGUCCGUAUGCAAGGCACCAUUCCCAACCCCUACACCGGUACCUUCAACGGCAUCAGCGCCGUCACGGCCAAGGAGGGCGCUGCCGGUCUGUACAAGGGUUUGUAUCCUCUCUGGGGCCGUCAGAUCCCCUAUACCAUGAUGAAGUUUGCUUCGUUCGAGACCAUCGUCGAGAUGAUCUAUGACCGCCUGCCUGGUCAGAAGGAGGACUAUGGCAAGGCUGCUCAGACCGGCGUGUCCUUCACUGGUGGCUACCUGGCUGGUAUCCUGUGCGCCAUCGUAUCUCAUCCUGCCGAUGUCAUGGUCAGCAAGCUCAACGCCAACCGCGCACCAGGAGAGGCCUUUGGCGGUGCCGUGAGCAGGAUAUACAAGGAUAUUGGCUUCGGCGGCCUCUGGAAUGGCCUGCCUGUGCGAAUCGUCAUGAUCGGUACCCUUACAGGACUCCAGUGGAUGAUCUAUGACUACUUCAAGAUCUUCAUGGGUUUCCCAACCACUGGCGGUGCUCCGCCGCCUGCCAAGAAGACGGAAUAGACGUGUUAGAAUUAGUCCUUUGGUUGUUACCUUGUCCUCAAGUAAACGAUGGACUGUCGAGCAGUUGUCUCGGUUGUCCCCAGUUCUCAUGUACACUAUCAGGGGCCGAUAAUGACGGGUGAGGGAGAGCAGGGUUAGGGGUCCCAUCAACAAGUCAUUCCUAAGCAAAUAGUUAAACCGCCGGGCGUCACACAAUCGUUUCUAGAAGUGAUUGCUC